GUUAAGUUAAUCUGGUUCCCCAUUGACUGUGCUUGUCAGGUCACAAAAAGUAAUCACAUGACCCUGGGACACUUCAACCACUUUAAAUGUGGUUGCCAAGUGUGCAAAUUUUGGACAUGUGACCACUGGGAUGCUGGAAUGGUCAUAAGUGUGAAAAACCAUAAGUGACCUUUUUCAGUGCCAUUGUAAUUUUGAAUGGUCACUACAUGAAUGUUGUAAAUCAAGGACCAUCUAUAGUAGUAUUUAAGAAUCUGCAUUCAACUCCUUGCUGACCAGAAAACAAUUUACACUAAGUAUUCCUGAUCAGGAAAGGGUGAUGCAGAAAAUAAGUUGAUGCCCAAAAGCAGUUUGAGUGGAAAGUUAUGAACUGUGCAAGACUUGUUGUAUGACACUCUGCCAAAGGAGAAUAACUGAUUAUAUACCUUAUUCUUGUAAUAGUCAAUUGGAGUAGACCUAAGUGGUUAUGCAGCACAAAUAUCUGGGGGAAUGUCAAUAUCUAAAGCAGUUUGGCCUUUAAUGAUCCUUAAAAUAGGAGGAUAUCCCUGGGAGGUGAAUCUGUGAAAUCAUCUUUUGUUGAAAGUCUGGAGAUCUUAUUAUAUGUGUAUGAAGAGAUUAUCUGAACAUCUGGGCUCAAAAUUCUAAUGAAAUAAACAUAAUUGUAUACUUUCUAUACUGAGUCAUUUUUUUUUCUUUCAGCAGAAAGGGGUUAGGGCAGACAUAAGGAAACUAAUCUCAUGGAACUUUCUGAAAAAAUGAUAACACAGCAUCAGCAGCUCAGCAAAUGAUUGUUUUCGUUUCCCUCCUGAAUAUUAAAUGGUGGGAUGAAUGAGACAUCCUUUCAUACUAAGUAAAUUGUUUCAUCAGACUGGGGCCUGAUUUUUGUUCCUGCCCUAUCAGCCUCAUGGGAAAGAUACAUAACAUGGUGGCAGUACUAGAAGUGAUCUCCAGCUUGGAGAAAUACCCCAUCACCAAAGAGGCACUUGAGGAAACACGGCUGGGGAAGCUCAUCAAUGACGUGAGGAAGAAAACCAAGAAUGAGGAGCUUGCUAAACGGGCCAAAAAACUGUUGCGGAAUUGGCAGAAGCUGAUUGAGCCUGUUUCACAGAACGAAGCCACCUUGAGAGGAUUGCCAAAUCCCCCUGGAUCAGCCAACGGUGGAGCUCACAACUGCCGAGUGGAAACUUCUCCUGGGGCCGUGAUUGGAUCUAAACCCAUUCAAGAUGUGAAGAAUAGAAAUGAUGUCCAAAAGCUGCACUCUCCAAAGCCAGGGAACCGGAAGAGGCAAGGUGAGCCCAAGGAUGGUCUCCCUCUGCCGCUGCCAAAAGUUUCCAAAGCCAGUUAUGAAGUAUUACAAAACUCUUCUCCGCCUCCCACCAAUGGGAUUGGUGGAAGCCCAGAGAGCUUUCCCAGCCCUCCAGAUGUGAGUCUUCUCCCAGGGCCAGAAGGCAACAGGGAUGAGGUGAGUGAAAAUGAUAAGCCCAGCAAGAUCCCCAUCAAUGCAGUGCGGCCUCACACCAGCUCUCCGGGACUCUUCAAAACUUCCGGGACAUCCUUACUGCUGAAAACGGCAGUGUUGCAGCAGCAUGACAAAGCAGAGGAGGCUGCUGCCAACCAACCUAGGAGUCCCCGUUGCUCCUCAUUCAGUCCCAGGAAUGUCAGGCUGGAAACAUUUGCUCGGCAACACACCACGUACUCCCCCAAGAAUUUGACGCUUACCCCAUGCCCAAGGCCCCCUCUUCUGGAUGUUCCAGUGCCCUUAUCGCCACCUCCCCCCUCUCUAGUACAGCUGUCGCCACAGCCAUCACUAGCAAAGAGACUGGAGGCAUCUCAUCAAGUGGACCCUGAAGCACCCCUUCACGAUCAGGAGCAUCCAAGGGUGCCCGAGAGCCAGCUUCAGCUCAGCGCAGGAGCCUCUCCCGGCAGUGGAGUGGGCUCCCAUUCAGUAGAGUCUUUGGCACCCUUGGUUGACUUAUCCCCAGAUGCUUCAAGGAUGGACAGUGACAGUGCUGCCUCAGGGUCCGACAGCAAGAAGAAGAAAAAGUACCGGCCCAAAGACCACGCAGUCAACUUGGACGGGCAGCUGAUGGAAGGCGGGGUCAAGCCUGUACGGUUAAAAAAAGAGCGGCGACUGACUUUUGACCCCAUGACGGGCGAGAUCAAGACUUUAGCACAGAGGGACUCUUUGCAGGUGGAUCUUCCUGCUCUUGCUGAGCAGCACAGGACAGGCACAGAUAAGCAGGAGCCGAAGCCACCUCUGCAGAGUCCCUUUGAACAGACGAAUUGGAAAGAAUUGUCCCGGAAUGAAAUAAUUCAGUCCUAUUUAAACAGGCAGAGUAGUUUGCUGUCCUCCUCAGGGGUGCAGACUCCAGGGGCUCACUACUUCAUGUCUGAAUAUUUAAAGCAGGAGGAAAGCACUAGGAGAGAAGCCCGGAAAACUCAUGUCCUGGCUCCACACAGCAAACCUGCAGACUUGCCUGGGGUAACACGGGAGGUGACCCAGGAUGACCUUGACAGGAUAUGCAGCCAACACUGGCCUGGCGUGAAUGGAUGUUAUGAUACACAGGGUAACUGGUAUGAUUGGACGCAAUGCAUAUCGCUCGAUCCACAUGGGGAUGAGGGGCGCCUGAACAUCCUGCCUUACAUCUGCCUAGACUGAGUACAAUUUUGCUAAGAUGCUUUUUUUACACUGGCAGGUUAGUAAAGUGGGCAGGUGCUGUGCCAUCCCCCAUCUACCCCCCCAUCACACUGAAAGAGGCUCACAAAGCAGAGAGGGUGUGUCAGAGAGCUGGACGCUGGCAGUUUCUUCUUUCCUGUUAAAUUUUAUUUUUAUUUUAUUUUUUUUGUGAAGUGCUGCUACCAGUUUACUAACAAAAUUGCAAAGGGAGGCAUAACAAAAGGUUUGAUUAAAAAAAAAACAAGUAGAGUUCUGAACUCUAGCAAGCCAGCUGUUAGACACAAAGCAAAACAAAAGUGUUAGUUUUCCAAAGGUGAAAACCGUUUCCAGCUGUUUGUGAAUGCCAGAAUCCAAGGUCAGGCAGGUACAGGUGGGUAAUUGUGGAAAUGAAACAUUUAACACGAGAGUAGUUGAGUCUAUUUAUUUGUCUUGAUUUGAUUUUCUUAAAAAGAAAUAAAUACGGCAGUGAGAUGUUUUAAAACGAACUGUGCAAAACUGUAGGUAGUUCUUCUUUGCGUUACAUUUCUCUUCAAAAGUCCCCCUGAUGUGGAGAUGUGACUUGCAAUGAUAUGUGCUCUGCGGUGCAGGAAGGGCCAUAGAGAGAGAGAGAGAGAGAGGCCCACCUUCAGCUCAGCAUUCUGUAGACUUUCACGGGGUGUAGUCUGGUUUCAGUUUGAAUUCAGAUCCAGGAAAUGCUGCAAAAAAGUGUUCACAGUUCUCCCAGCAGCACCAUCACCACCAGCCUAAGCACGUUGACCCCCUUUCUGCAGAUUUUCUACGGGAAAGCAGUGGGUGGGGAAGGUGGUUAUUUUUGUUUUGUUUAUUUUUUUCUGUUUAACAAAAGAAAAUUCCAACUUGUACCGAGGGUGCUACUAGUUUGUAAAUGUCCUGUGAAGGGGGAGACAGAAGCCUGUUUGUAUGCUGGAAAUAUACUUGUUACCAUUCCUUUAGAUAUUGUUUGCCUUAUGGAUAUCCAUCACAAAAGCGACUUGCAAAAACAGCCUUAGUGAAUGUACAGUAACUAGACUUCUGUGUUCUUGGGCACAGAAGGGAGCAACUUUGCUAUUGGUCCUUUCAGUGGACACAUUGUGAUAUAAAUGUGGAAAUAAAAAAAAUUUGCACAAAAUACACUGUCACUUUCUAAUAUUUGAAAAAUGGCCAAGUAUAGAUGAGGGUUUAUAAAUGCGGGUUGCGAGUGGAAGCGGAGUUCUUCUUGUCUCCUGUUGGGCAAUUAAAAGAUUAAACUUAUAAAAUGUAUGUUUUCUGCACCCACUAAGUCUGUGACUAGAGAUGCAUAUGAGGCCAUGGGGCCCUGUAAAUCUUCUCCUCUCACUUCUGCCUUGGCUGAAGCUCCCUUCAAAAGAGCUGCUGAAUUGUUAACUGUAUCAGUGAGAGAAGAGUUAUUAAAUAUAUGGGGUGUAAUAUUAAUUGCAUUUAAUUAAUUCAGAUUUAAUUAAGUGUACCUUUAAAUUAAAUCAAAUUUAGUCUU